AUGUUAACAAAGUGCAGAACAAAACAACACGAGACCCAAGAAAGUAUCCCAUUUUUCACGAUGCUCACGACACGACGAACCUUUCUUUCUUUCGUUUACUUCAUCCUCUACCUCUCUCUCCCUAUCCCCUCUUUCUCUGAGUCAUCGAGUUCUGUUUACAACUCAUUCCUCAAAUGUUUCUCUGAGAAGACGAGAACCCCACAGCCCCAAAUUGCCAAAAAUGUCUUCUCUCAGACAAACCCAUCUUACUCCUCCGUUCUUCGCGCUUACAUCCGCAAUGCCAGAUUCAACACUUCCUCUACUCCCAAACCCACAAUCAUCGUCACGCCUCGCUCCGAGAGCCACGUCAGCGCCGCCGUCAUCUGCUCAAGACCCCUAAAUUUCGUCCUCAAAAUCCGAAGCGGCGGCCACGAUUACGAUGGCAGAGCAAGCAAAGUCGUCUCGCUGCUUCGUAAGGAGUUUCCUGAAUUGGCUCUGAAGAAGGAGAACUGUACGGAAAUGUCUUGGCUUCAGUCUGCUUUGUGGUGGGAUAAUAACAUUAACGCCACUACGACCGAUCCUAAAGUGUUCCUAGAUCGGGAUCUCGAUUCCUCUAGCUUCGGAAAAAGGAAAUCGGAUUACGUCGCGACUGAGAUCCCCAGAGACGGGAACCCUAGAAAUGCGUACUUGAAUUACAGAGAUGUUGACAUCGGGGUGAACGAUCACGGGCCGAAUAGCUACAAGGAAGGAGAAGUUUAUGGAAGAAUGUAUUUUGGAAAGAACUUUGAUCGAUUAGUGAAGAUUAAAACUGCUGUGGAUCCUAAGAAUUUCUUCAGGAAUGAACAGAGUAUACCUACCUUGCCAAUAGAGAAUGGAACGGUGGUGACUGAAUCGGGAACGGCGAGACUGUGGUCACGAGCCGGAGGAGCCACCGUAGUUGCAACGGUGGUUUUACAUGUCUUCUAGAAUACUUAGAUUGUUUGUUUUGGAUUCGUUGACUAAUUUUAUCUAUUAUGAAUGAGAUGAACAGAGAGCAUCAUCCAAAUCUGUCAAAAGUUAUCUUAACUUGUUGACAGUUUUAAAAGAUCAGAUCUUUUGUGUCAGAAACAGAGCAUACGAUGACGUGUUAACGAGUGGCUGGUUUAUUUGAUUAAGUAUCAUCCAGUAAGCGUUAUUGAAAAAAAUAGCCAUAGCCUUGAGGAAUUUAUCAGAAAACUCAAACUAAAACAAUGGAGGGUUUUUUUCAAAAAUGUAUAAUUGCUAAUUUAGGAAUAACCAACUAACCAAGUAUACCUUCAAAACUGUGUUCUGUUUUUAGGGGAGAGUAUUAAUUUGCGUAUAUACGGGAAGUUAUUACUGAAGAUACUAAUACACUUUACAUCUUACCAGUAUCUAAUAAUUUGUCAAUGGAUCAAUAAUUAAAGUCA